AUGAAGUGUCAAAGAAUUCUCACCUACCUGCGGAUAUUUGGCACCACCAUGUUCGGCGUGUCUCUCCUGGUAGGCAUCUCCACAGCCUACAUCAUGGGCUACCAGUUUUUCACCACAGCCGGCAAUCACCUAUCCUUUGGCCUGUAUGGCGCCAUCUUGGUUGUCCACCUCAUCAUCCAGAGCCUCUUUGCGCUCCUAGAACACAGGAAGAUGCGGCGCUCCCUAGAGACGCCGAUCAAACUGAACAAGUCCCUGGCGUUGUGCAUCGCAGCGUACCAAGAAGACCCCAACUACCUGAGGAAAUGCCUGGUGUCGGUGAGGAGGCUGACCUACCCGGGGAUCAAAGUGAUCAUGGUGAUUGACGGGAACUCAGACGAUGACUUUUACAUGAUGGAGAUUUUCAAAGAGGUGAUGGGAUGGGACAAAUCGUCCACCUAUGUGUGGCGAAGUAACUAUCAUCACAGGGGGCCCGAGGAGACGGAUGAGAGCUACGCUGAGAGCCUUCAGCAAAUCUCCAGGCUGGUGCUGAACAACAAGUGUGUGUGCAUCAUGCAGAAGUGGGGAGGGAAGAGAGAAGUCAUGUACACAGCCUUCAAAGCACUGGGGAGGAGCAUUGACUAUGUGCAGGUGUGUGACUCUGACACCAUGCUUGACCCAGCAUCAUCGGUGGAGAUGGUGAAGGUGCUUGAAGAAGACCCGAUGGUUGGAGGGGUUGGAGGAGACGUACAGAUCCUGAACAAAUAUGAGUCAUGGAUCUCCUUCUUGAGCAGUGUACGGUACUGGAUGGCCUUCAACAUUGAACGGGCUUGCCAGUCCUACUUCGGCUGUGUGCAGUGCAUCAGCGGGCCUUUAGGAAUGUACCGAAACGCACUCCUGCAUGAGUUCGUCGAGGACUGGUACAACCAGACAUUCAUGGGAUCCCACUGCAGUUUUGGGGAUGACCGUCAUCUCACAAACAGAGUUCUCAGUCUUGGGUAUGCCACCAAAUACACAGCACGAUCAAAGUGCCUCACAGAAACUCCAGUUACGUACUUGCGAUGGCUCAACCAACAGACUCGAUGGAGUAAGUCAUAUUUCAGAGAAUGGCUAUAUAACUCUAUGUGGUUCCACAAGCAUCAUCUAUGGAUGACUUAUGAGGCUGUGAUCACAGGCUUCUUCCCAUUUUUUCUUAUUGCCACUGCGAUCCAACUCUUUUAUCAAGGAAGGCUGUGGAAUAUUUUGUUAUUUCUGCUCAUUGUGCAGGCUGUGGCAUUGAUCAAGUCAGCAUUCGCUAGUUGCCUUAGAGGAAACAUUGUCAUGGUGUUCAUGUCGUUUUAUUCUGUACUGUACAUGUCAAGCCUGUUGCCAGCCAAAAUGUUUGCAAUAGCAACAAUCAACAAGUCUGGCUGGGGGACCUCUGGGAGGAAAACUGUAGUAGUGAACUUUAUUGGUCUGAUUCCAAUAUCAGUUUGGUUCACUAUCCUCUUCAUUGGGAUUAUCUACACAUUAAUCCUGCAGGCUAAAAAGCCUUUUCCUGAAUCAGAAAAGAUCAUUCUGGUUAUAGGGGCAGUUGUUUAUGCCAGUUACUGGGUCAUGCUGUUGACAUUGUAUACGGUCCUCAUAAAUAAGUGUGGGAAGAGGAAAAAGGAAACACACUACGAUAUGGUGCUGGACGUAUGA